AUGCCCCUCAUCUAUAUAAACAUCAUGCUAGCAUUCACUAUCUCACUUCUAGGCAUACUAAUCUACCGCUCACACUUAAUAUCCUCCCUACUAUGCCUGGAAGGAAUAAUACUAUCGUUAUUCAUCAUAAGCACCCUCAUAGCCCUAAACACACACUCCCUACUAAUCAACAUCAUACCUAUCGUCCUAUUAGUCUUUGCCGCCUGCGAGGCGGCAGUAGGUCUAGCCCUACUAGUCUCAAUCUCUAACACAUAUGGUCUAGACCAUAUCCACAAUCUAAACCUACUCCAAUGCUAA